GUCGCAACCGGCUCCUUUCCGAGAAGAUAUCCCCCCCAUCUUUCAAACUGCCAAUGCACGCCCGGACCGGCUGGUGCAUUUGAUUCCAGAUGAGUUGGCACAGGCAGUGCCUGAGCAUCCGCUCUUUGCAUACCCGAAGACGACUAAGCCCCAGGAUGGCUUCGUGGACGUAUCGUGCAAGACCUUUGCAGAUGCGAUCAACCGAGUAGCCUGGUACUUGCGGUACCUCUUGGGGCCUCCCAAGAAUUUCGAAACUAUUGCGUAUAUGGGUCCUAGUGAUAUCCGCUACUUUCUGUUCAUGUUUGGGGCCAUAAAAGUGGGCUAUAAGAUGCUAUUUGUGUCCCCUCGAAACAAUGUCGAGGCUCAUGUGAACGUCCUCGCCGGCGUGGACUGCCAUGUGUUUCUCCGAGCCAGACAGACGAAUAUCGAUCCCAUCCUCAAAGAGAGGCCGAUGCUUUCCUGGGUGAUCCCGGAACUCGAGGAGUUUCUCCUUGACUACCCCGUGGCAAUCUAUCCUUACAAAAAGAGCUUCGAGGAAGCCUGGUCUGACCCCUGUCUUGUGCUACAUACUACAGGAUCAACGGGUCUUCCGAAGCCGAUCACAUGGAAGGUUGGCAUCCUGAGUACAUAUGAGGCGUGGCGAACCAUUCCUCAUGUGGACGGGUACGUCCCAACAACAGAGGUGUACCAACAGUCUCGUCGAGCGUAUACCUCAAUGCCACUUUUCCACACAAGCGGGCUGAAUGCUGGAAUCACCUGGGCUAUGCUGCUGGGAGUCACUUUGGUAUAUGGUGCGCCUCAAGUAGUUCCCAACGCGAUAUACGCAGAUGAAAUGCAUCAGUAUGCCAACGUGGAUGCGUCCAUGGGAGCACCGGCGAUAUAUGAAGAGCUGAGCCGUGAUCCGGAGGCGCUCGAGAGGGUCAAUCGGCUUCACUAUGUUGUUGCCAGUGGUGCUCCCCUGUCUCACAAAGCAGGAGAUCUCAUCUCAAAGCACACACGGGUCAUCUGCAAUCUCGGAGCCACCGAGACAGCCUGCCUGCAACGCCUGGCUCCUUCAAUCGAUGACUGGCCCUACUUCCACUGGCACCCAACACACUCCGGCAUUGAGAUGAGAGAGACAUCAGGCGGGCUAUACGAGCUCUUCCUUGUCCGCACUCCAGGGUUAGAACUCUACCAGGGAGUGUUCAACACAUUCCCAGAAAUUGAGGAGUGGUCGAUGAGAGACCUCUACUCACGACAUCCGGACCCUUCCAAGCCAUUCCUGUACAUGUAUCAAUGCCGAAAAGACGACGUCAUUGUCCUUAGCAAUGGCGAGAAGAUUGCUCCUGCUUUGAUAGAAGCAACUCUGAUGAGCCACCCGCUCGUCAAGGGAGCCAUGGUAGUUGGUCUGGGAAGGUUUCAGCCAGCUGUGCUCAUUGACCUGCACUCUGACGUGCCACGCAAUCUGACCGAAAAGCAUCAGCUGCUUGAAAGCAUGAAGUCCACAAUUGAAGAAGCCAAUGCGCAUGCACCAGCACACGGAAAGCUGGACCAACAUCAUAUUUUGUUCGCGGACCCAUCCAAGCCGAUCAAGUAUCUCGGUCAAGGAAAGAUUCAGCGAAAAAGCACGUUUAGCUUGUACGAGGACGAGAUUGAAGAGUUGUACAAGGCAGCCGAUGAGGCCGUUGAGCAGUCUGAGUUUCUGGAUCUCCCUGCUUUGCAGCUUGAUGGUCCAGCGGGUGUUGCUUCGUGGUUGCAAGAGUUGAUAAAACAGGUUACUAAUAUGGAGCCACUGGAGAGAGAUGCCGACUUUUUUGCAGCGGGAAUUGACUCUCUGCAAGUGGUUAAAAUCGCCAGAGAGUUGCGCUUCCAGGCAAGAGAGCUGGGGAUCGGGGAUAAGAGUGCCGCGAUGUUUCCUCCGGCCUCAAUAUACACCCAUCCAACAAUUGAUCAGCUGGCUGACCAUAUUUUGGCCCAGUUGAGCCCCGCGCCGUCUUAUAGCAACCGGCUCGUGGAGAAUAGUCAUAUCCAUGCUGAAGAAAGCCCCCAGCUGGCGCAAAUGCAUCAGCUCUUCGGCAAAUACUCGGAUGGACUUCCUCGGUCCAGCCAGCAUGUUCCUCUUCCACCAUCAAACAACAUGGUUGUCAUUCUUACUGGCAGCACAGGCUCUCUUGGGUCCUACCUUCUUGACGAGCUCCAGAAGGAUAAAAACAUAACUCGCAUCAUCUGCCUCAAUCGGAGCGCCGAUGCUGCCCAGAAACAUGCGAAGCUUGGGCUUCAGCGUGGCCUUAACACCAUAGAACCCAGCCGCGUGGAAUUCCUGCAGGCAGACCUCUCAAAAUACCAGUUUGGCCUUCAGGAUGCGACGUAUAGGGAGUUACUGCAGACCGUGACCCAUGUCAUUCAUAAUCAAUGGGCAGUCAAUUUCAACUGGAACAUUGCCAGUUUCGAGCCAUUCAUCCGUGGAGUUCGCCAUCUCAUUGACUUCUCUCACGCGUCUGAGCGGCAUUCGUUCAUCACGUUCAUUUCCAGCGUCUCUGCCGUUGGCUCUUGGGACUCGGAAAACCCCGUACCCGAAGAACCCAUCCAUGACUUUCGCGUUGCAGCAAAAAUGGGAUAUGGCCAGUCAAAGCUCAUUUCAGAGUGUCUUCUCGACAAAGCGGCCGAGAUUUCUGGCGUGAGAUCCGCAUGCUGUCGAGUCGGGAUUGUCGCAGGUCCAGUUGAACAGCCUCUGGGCCUCUGGAAUCCCAACGAGUAUAUUCCUUCGAUUUUCAUCUCCUCGGCACACAUGAAAGCGGUCCCAGUCACAUUUCCAUCCAGAGACCGAUUGGACUGGAUCCCAGUCGACAAACUGUCCAAAGUCCUGCUUGAGAUUCUGCGCCACUCUACCGAGCCAAGUCAAGAGGCCUUAUCCGCUAACGCACAAGUAUACCACGUCAUCAACCCAUCGUGGACGUCUUGGUCUGAGAUCGCGCCGGAAUUGCUCGCCUGCUAUCCUGAUAACCUAGACAUGAAGCCAUUGUCUUUCGAGAACUGGGUAGAUAAUUUACAGCACAUCGUCCAGACAACGAAGGUGGAUGCGACAGAUAUUCCAGCAGCCAAGCUGCUUGACUUUUUCAAGAACGCCGUUUACGAGUCUCCUGAAGCUCGGAUGUUGUUACCCGCGAGGACGCAGGAGGCUAGUCCUCAGUUACGCAGCGUUGGCUGUGUGAAUGCGUUGUGGGUCAGCAAUUGGAUGCGUCAGUGGGGAAUCAUCUCCGGUGGAUCGAGUGAGAGGAGUUUCCGAAGUGAGGAAAGUGUUGGGUCUGGUGAGAGCAGUGGCUUCCUGCCGUUGAACUAGUAGUUAUGGAUAAGGGCUUUGAAUUGUGGUUUGGCGUCUUUCUUUCUUUUCAUUCAUUCUACUUACUCUAGACAUACAGGC